CCAACAAAAAAGAGCACAGCUUUGACUGUUUCAGCAGUGUUGUAACGUCUGAAUCCGAGCUCCCUGUAGAAACACCGGGGUUACGGACGCGAUAACUCGACGUAGAGGUUCCCUUUCUCUGCCGCUCGGUCUGCCUGUGGCUCGCGCUCCUGUUAAGUUGCAACGAGGAGACUGAAGUGACAUUUACGUUAAUUCAUUCAUCCACAACAACAAUGGCAGCGCAGGAAUUUAAUUUCUUGCUGGCGACGGAUUCAUACAAGAUCACACACUACAAACAGUAUCCUCCAAAUGUCAGCAACAUCUACUCCUACUUUGAAUGCAGACGCAAGAAAGGCUCCCAGUUCAAUGAAGUGGUGUUCUUCGGUCUUCAGUAUCUGCUGAAGAAAUACCUCAUUGGCCAAGUGGUCACAGAGGAGAAGAUUCAGGAAGCCAAGCUCUUCUACCAGAUGCACUUCAAACAGGCUGUGUUCGAUGAGGAAAGCUGGAGGAAGAUCCUCGAGAAACAUGAUGGCCGUCUUCCUAUCCGCAUCAAAGCCGUCCCCGAGGGGAGGAUUAUACCCAGAGGCAAUGUGCUCUUCACUGUGGAAAAUACAGAUCCAGACUUUUUCUGGCUCACCAACUACAUUGAGACCAUGCUGGUCCAGAUGUGGUAUCCCAUCACCGUAGCCACCAUAUCUAGGGAGUUUAAGAAGAUCCUGGCAAAGCACCUGAAGGCCACCUCUGGGAGCCUAGAAGGUCUGGACCAGAAACUGCAUGACUUUGGCUACAGAGGAGUUUCCUCACAGGAGUCUGCAGCAUUGGGUGGAGCAGCUCACCUGGUUAAUUUCUGCAGCACGGACACAGUAGCUGGGCUUCUGAUGGCUCAGCGGUACUAUAGCUGCCCGAUGGCUGGCUUCUCCAUCCCAGCAGCAGAGCACAGUACCAUCAUCUCCUGGGGGAGGAGCAGAGAGAAGGAGGCGUUUGAGCGAGUCCUUGAGCAGUUCUCCUCUGGGCCAGUGUCUGUGGUCAGCGACAGCUACGACAUCUUUAACGCCUGUAAGAACAUCUGGGGAGACAAGCUGAAGGAGCGGGUCAUGGAGCGCAGCCAGGACUCGUGUCUGGUCAUCCGGCCGGACUCUGGAGACCCCGCAGAGACUCUGAUUGAGGUCAUCAAGAUUUUGGAGGAGUGUUUUGGCUGUUCUCUGAACUCAAUGGGAUACAAGGUUUUGCCUGCUUACCUGCGAAUCAUUCAAGGAGACGGCAUUGACCUCAGCUCAGUGGAUGAGAUCCUUCAUAAGCUGACUGAUGAAGGCUGGAGUGCUGAGAAUGUCCUCUUUGGCUGCGGCAGCGCUUUGCUGCAGAAACUCAACAGAGAUACUCUCAACUGUGCCUUCAAGUGCAGCUACGUGGAGAGUGACGGCAAGGGGAUGGACGUGUACAAGCAGCCGGUGACCGACCCGUCCAAAGGGUCAAAGAGGGGUCGAUUAUCUCUAAGGAGAAACUCUGAUGGCCUCUUAGAGACGAUAGAGAGAGGGGCCGGGAAGCCUGAGGAGGACCUGCUGAUGACUGUUUUUGAGAAUGGCAGCCUGGUGCAGGACUACUCCCUGGAGGAGAUCAGGAAGAACGCUCGGCUGAGGGACGAGGAGGUGAACCCCACCCUGCACAACCAUGAACAGGAGCUGCUGCACAAUCACAUCAACGGGAUUCAUUAGAGCGACCACAAAUCCUCGCACAAUAAAAAUAAUACUUCAGAUUUUAACUGGGUGCACUGGAAUGAGGGAAGGCCCCCAUCUAUAAAUCUAAACUGAACAUUGGAAGGGUAGGGGAAAAACUGUUUCUCACACAACACUAACAUAAACAGUUUUAUUGAUUAUAGUAAUCUUGGGGAAUGGGUUACACUUGCUAGUGUUUGUAUUUAAUUUAAGGUCAUUGUUAAGCCUUAAAACUACGUUCACAUCCAACAAAACUGCAUGUCAAUUAUGUUUGGAGAAAAACGUAUCUCCUCCAGGUUUGUUUUUUUAUGAAUAGUUAUUUUAAGCCAAACCAUGAAGUUUUUACUAAACAGAACCAAGUUGGGGUUUUUUCUCGUUUUGCUUUGCUUCAGUUUACAACCUUAAUUUUUAAGACCAUAAGAACGUACAUUUCCCUUGGAACCUAAUUGAGAAAGCAGUUCAUUUUGUAGGAGACAUUGUUGCCGUUUCAGCAGAACCAUAUAUUUCUGCAGCCCCACGUUCUGCCCUUUGACGUUUGGUUAGUGUAAGAAACACAAUACCUAAAAAUGUACAGUAUUCUAACGAAGACAUCAAACACUGACCAGUAGUGCACUGCGCUGCAACAGCUUGGACAAAAAUGAAGCCAUACCUGUUGUUUCUAUUCCAUACUUUCUGAUGCAAUCCGCACACAAAGCAAACUAUGAAUAUUCAUAUUAAUAAAUUGUGUAAAAUUGACUUUGGCUACCAAAUGUAGCCAGUUAGCCUCUGUAAGUCAGAGCAGCAACAAUGCUAAUGUUUUUCUGAAUCAGAAAACCACAGACUGCUGCUGUAUAUGAACACAGACACUAGACCUCUAUAGCUUUUAAACCAAAGCUUUACUUGUCCUCUCUCCUUUCCUAAAUUGGAUGAAACGCAUUUAUAUUAGUUUGAUCAUAUGAUAUUGAAUAAUUGAGUUAUUAACUUUAACACGAUUCAUUAAGACAUAAUUCAUUGAUAUUCAUGCUAAUUACAAAUUGUUAAUGUGAUGAUGCUUAUGAUUUUAACAAACUCUACUCAAAACAAAGUCACAGUGUUCAACAUUUUUUUGUGUCCUUUGUGGUUUGGUACAAUAUGGAUUUUUCACUAAUGAGUAAUUUGUUUGUGCAAAUAAACCUUAGAAGACAGACUGGUCGUAAAGGUGCUAAUUCAAUAUUCAAAGCAUAUCUAUGAUUGAGGGAUUACCUCCACACGGUUCUCAACAUUGAAACGGCUGAGCCGGCCACUUGCAGCUCACAGUGCUAACAGCACAAACGGUGCAAACAACAGCUGCAGAGCCAGUAGCUCGCACACACUGACUCACAUGCAAUAACAUUAGGGCUGCACCUAAAGAUAAUUUUUUCAAUUAGUCGGUUCAUCAAACAACUAAUUAUCCAUUAUUCUAACUAUAAUUUAUUUUGCAUUUCUGAUUAAUAAAACAAUUUACCCCAAAUAAAUAUAAAAAAUGUGUGAUUAAUAUUUCAAUAUUUUAUUAAAUUGUCUUAAAUCAAAUGUGAACGUCAAAUAAAUGUAAUAAGUCCCAAUUUGUCAGAAGCCUGAUCAAAAAAAGUCUGAUUGUCAAAUUUAAAAGAUUGCUGUGACAGAUGGAUGAAUUUAAUCAGAGUAUGUUAGCAACCCUUACCUUGAUCUGGAAAUUCUGUAUUUGUACUGAUGUCUCUGGCAAAUCUAUUGUUUUCAUUGGUUUUGGAUAAGGGAAAUAAUUGAAAUGAUUUACAGAAUCUAACAACAGUCUGUAUAGUUGGUUAAAGCCAUUUUAUCACUCAUACAUUGCGGUUAAAGUAAAGAGAAAAUAUAAAGCAUUCGAAUAAGAAGGUAAGAAGGCGCAUGGUGUACCGUUACCAUAACAACGGUUCAGAAAUUGCUUUUUAUCACGGGGGCAAUAAAUAAACAUUUAGAAAAACUAUCCUAAGUGACCACAACUAACAGAAACACGUUCUGCGUGGUGAUAACCCUGUUAUAUCAUGCUUUAUUGGGGCCAACAAGUAAACAAGACACUGUGUUGUCUUGACAAAGCGCUCCGGGAUGCUUUCGCUUCAAGUGUUCGUGCAUUGCAGCUGUACUGCUUGGAAAAGCCAGGAUGGUUGGUGAGGUUUUUCAAGCUGCAACGUUUUCUUUGGGGAACGCAUGCUUUGACCGAGCACAUCCAUACUGACAGUGCGCCAACGCACAUUAUGCAAAUCAACGUAUUUUUGUAAUCAAUGAUGUUGAUCAUUUGGACAAACAUCCCCUGUCCUAACCAACAUACAUGCAGUGCUAGACCGGCUCUCGUACUCAAAGCACAGAGAAGCUCAUAUUACAUAUACAAGAGUUGUUUGUUGCUAUAUUAUUGCUCAUAAUUUAAAUUGUAACACCUUUUAAACUGCAUUUAUUUUUGUUAAUGUGCCCUGCAAAAAAGAGUGAAUGAUGUAAGAAAAUAAACUGGAUGUCAGGUAUGAUUUUGAAUUAGCAGUAUUAAAUAAACUGGAUAUGGAUUGCUGAAAAGGAAUAGGUGGGAUGUGUUUAGAUGAAAUGAUACAGGAACAGGUAAAGAGAGGAUGUUUUGUUUUAAGUCAGCUUUGGCUUCUGGACAUUAAAGGAAACAUUCACUGAUGUUCUCCAUCACAUACAGUCUGAUGUCCACUGCAUUAUUUUAUGAUUUUCAUCAUUAAGUAUUUUAGUACCAACCUGCCUUGUCUACUUUAGUUGGAAGUAUUUUUUAUUUCCCAGAAUGCCUUUCAAUACAUUAUUGUUUCCAAUUGUUUUUCAGGCCUGUAUAAACCAGUGUAUCUACAUGUAAACUGUGUUUUAGAGAAGUUGUUCCCAAACACUGGAUCUAGACCCACAGGCGGGUCGCAGAAGAUUUUAUUUGGGUCUCCAAAUCAAUAAGCAGAAUUUCUUUCACAGUCUUUUAUUUAACAUUUCUAUCUGCAGUCACCUUUGAGCCACAUGAGGGAACCUGAAUGUUCAUAUGGUUCAGAUAAUUGUAGUCUACUUAUAGCAUUGAAUCUAAUAUGAAAAGCUAACGUUCAUUCUGUUUGCUUAGCUGAUGAGAGGAAAUGAAAUGAAU